UGGAAAAAAGAGACAGUCAUCUUUUAGAAAGAGCCAAAAACAAAAACUUACUCUUUUAAUCCCCAACCCAACACCCUCUCAAAUCCUCUCUUCUCCUUUAGGGUUCUUCGCUUUUCUCUUUCUUCUUCACAGAACCAUCAAAAAAUCAAACCUUUCUUCUUGGGUCUUAGUAAAAAUCGAAUCUUGUGUCGGUUUUUAGGUUUCUUGAAACGAUGGGUAAGUGUGGUGGGAGAAAUGGUAACGGAAGGUUUAACGGCGGUGGGUUUCACGGUCACGGUGGCGGAAGAGUUAGGCCUUACGUACGGUCUCCGGUUCCGCGACUUAGAUGGACGCCGGAUCUUCACCGUUGUUUCGUUCACGCCGUCGAGAUUCUCGGUGGUCAACACCGAGCAACACCAAAACUUGUUCUUAAGAUGAUGGAUGUGAAGGGACUCACCAUUUCACAUGUCAAAAGCCAUCUUCAGAUGUAUAGAGGAUCAAAGCUCACUUUGGGGAAACCAGAAGAAAGCUCAUCAUCUUCAAUAAGAAGAAGACAAGACAGUGAAGAAGAUAAUAAUCUUCAUGACAACUUGUCUUUACACACAAGGAAUGAUUGUCUUUUGGGUUUUCACUCUUUUCCUCUUUCUUCACAUUCUUCAUUUAGGGGAGGAGGAAGAAGAAAAGAGCAUCAGCAGACUUCAGAGUCUGGUUAUGAUGAUGAUGAUGACUUUCUUCACAUCAUGAACAUGAAGAAGACGAAAGAUACGACGACGUUUCUAUCACAUCAUUUCCCCAAGGGAACAGAGGAGUGGCGGGAACAAGAGCACGAAGAAGAAGAAGAAGAUUUGUCGUUGUGUCUGUCGUUAAAUCAUCAUCAUUGGAGAAGCAAUGGAUCAUCGGUGAGCGAAACGAGUGAAGCAGCAGUCUCAACUUGUUCAGCACCAUUCGUCUCCAAAGAUUGCUUUGGUUCUUCAAAGAUUGAUCUUAAUCUUAACCUCUCCAUUUCUCUCCUCGGUAGCUAAAUAAGUAAGCCAAAUCUUUGUUCUUAGAUUAGGUUCAGUGAAACAAUAUUCGGAUGUAUUUUGAAACUAGGAUUUUAUGUUUUCAGAGGAUUGAAAGUUAGUAGAAAUCUUGAAAAUAAAGUUUAGAUCAAUAUA